AUGCCAAUUCCAAAACCCCUCUACGACAACGCCACCAAACUCGUCAUCCGCAAACUCGACCUCACCUCCACCCAAUUCGAGGUAUGUUUCGCAUGGACCGAAAUCCUCCAAUUCUUCUUCCCCACCACCCCCAGCCCAGCCGAGGCAGCUUCGCCGGAACCCCCCUUCCUGCACCUCCACUUCAAACGCGGCGAGGAUCCGAACGACAUUACGCCGUUUCAGUGGGCUGAUUGGGAGGCAAGGCUGAAGGCGGAUUUGAAGGCGUUGCCGAAUGAGCGUAGUGUUACGCUUGUUGGGGUGAUUGCUGUCGGUCAGUAUGUGCGGUUUUAUUCGUUUUUGUUGGAUGGGAGUUUGGAGGGGAAGUUCUGGGAUGGGGAUAGGCAGACGUUGCAUUUGACGGUGGAUCAUCGGUCGAUUGCGGAGUAUUUGGAGGAGAUUAAGGGGGAUUGGUUUUAG